CAUGCGAUAGGUCGACACAGGGGCCUUGUCAAGCCCGCCCCUCCGAAAAACUCCCGGAAAAGUUUACUUCGGUAAAGCUUUGUCGAGGGCAUGUGGGUUACUACAGCGUGAUGCGAUAACAUAGGCGGUAGGCUAAAGUAACCAUUGCCUGUACUUCAGAGGUAGUUUGUUGUUUGCUUGGGAGAAAGUAACUUAAAAUGUAGGCUGGCAGCAGAAAGCACGUGCAUUGCAUGCGCUUCUGUCACAAUAUCUUUGCCGCGCCAACACAGCUACUACAAUGCCCCGUGCUAACAAACGCGCUCGUAGAGAAGAUGUUUCAGUGGAACUCGCAUGCGAAUGGGGACGCUGUCAAGCAACAUUCAAUGAUAUGCAGGAUUUUUGUCGUCACGUAGAGGAACACCAAACUUCUACCACUGACUGCUUGGACACUGCAGAGGAUGAUCUCGAGUUUGUUUGCCUGUGGAGGGACUGUGGAUGUGCAGUGGACAGUGCGGACUUACUGAGACAUGCUUUGUUCCACUGUUACCAUACCAAAUUGAAGCAGUGGGGACUGGCCAUCCUUCAGACACAGCCCAGUCUCGGCACCUGUUUUGUGGGCCAGCAUAACCGCAACAUCAUUCCUCAGGUCCCGGACAGAUUUACAUGCCAUUGGGAGUACUGUGAGGUCUCUAUGGACAAUGUGGAGUGGUUCUUUCGCCAUGUGGAGAACCAUGCCCAGUCCUUGAGAGUGGCAUCCACUGGGGAACAAGAGAAAAUGCUAUGCUGUGGCUGGACAGAUUGCAAAGCUACAUUUAAGGGGCAGUUUAAGCUGCGCGAGCAUCUGCGCAGCCACACCCAGGAGAAGAUAGUGGCUUGUCCAUUUUGUGGGGGGAUGUUUGCCAACAACACCAAAUUUUUCGACCACAUCCGACGGCAGACCACCAUUGAGGCCCAGAACUUCCAGUGCUCCCACUGUUUCAAGUACUUGCCCACAGAGAGGCUGCUGCGAGACCACAUGAAAAACCAUGUUAAUCCCUACAAAUGUUCACUGUGUGACAUGACUUGUCCGUCCCCAUCUGCUGUCAAAAAUCACAUGAAAUUCCGGCACAGCACUGAAAAGCCACAUCGUUGUGAGCUCUGUGAGUACAGCUGUAAAAGAGAGUUUGACUUGCUCAGACACUUUGACAAGCACAACCGUGAGCCUGCCUACCAUUGUGACCAUGAUAACUGUGAUUACACCACACAUUCCAUGCAGAUCUUCAAAAGUCAUUACAAAAGGGUACAUGAGCUGGGAGAUUCAGCACCCCGUUACAUGUGCCAUGUGUGUGAGCAGUCCUUCUCCAGAGGCAACAACCUAACUGUCCACCUACGCAAAAAACACCAGUUCAAGUGGCCUUCAGGACACCCCAGAGUCAGAUACAUAGAGCAUCCAGACGGCUACAUGCGGCUGCAGAUGUUUCGCUAUGAGACCGUGGAGUUGACAGAGGCAUCGGGGGCAGGAGACACCUCAGACCAAUCUGCCCAUGGCCAAGGCCCCGUGCUGGGAUGUGGGGUUGGAACAGCUGGGCCUCUCACUUCUGCAGAUGGAGCAAAUGGAGCCGAGAGGAAGAUGGAAACUGGUGCUGAACAACCAGAGGAUGGGACCGUGCAAGAGUACAUCGAGAAGGUGUGCCGUGAUUUGCGUGAGGGGUCUGUCGAGACGUGUGCAUUGGCAGAGGAUGACUCGUUGAGGCAGGAGGUGCAUUAACCUGGAGUAUUGGACUGAGUCUUUUGCUGCACUUUAAAUGUAAUCCACUAACUGAACAUGUUGAUUACUGUGAUUAGUGUACUUCAUGUAAAAGUCUGUUCUGUUGUUGUCGCAGGAAGUAUUACUAUCUACAGUUCACAUAGAUCCAAAUUUUACAGGUAGUGAAUCUCUCAAGGCUUAGUUCAUGAAGGUAUUUUCAUAAACAAGUCUCAGUUUUUCAUGUUAGUUGUUCCCGCUUUGGACAAAUCUAUGGAGGUAUGUGGAGGUCAAUGCUGAGUAAGGCUCACUGGUCUUUCUACAUCAAUUUAAAAUGGAAAUGUUUAAAUAUAAAUCUUCUGCAACUGGUCUUGUACUGUUCAUUAAACUGGAAUGUAGUGAGAACAAUGCUUUAGAGCCAUCCACAGCUGAAAUAUUUCCAGGAUGGUGACAUGUCCCAGCACACAAUCAACACGUGCCUGCUGAAUGUGUUUUCUAAAAUAAAUCAGAAUCUAAACUGCCCCUCCAGUAAAAUAUGCAAUGCAGGGAUGGGAAUCUACAGUACAUCCAUUUCAGGAGUUCAUAUGUUGUAAUGGACAAGUAAUAGAGAAGAUACAACAUUGAGUGUGUUUGUCAUACGUAUGAAUGUUUCUAUAUUGACAAUUUGCACCGUUAUACUGCAGACAAAUGAAUGUGUAACCUAUGUCAUAAACCUGAUUGCCUUA